GACAUUCUUGAUGCUUUACGAAAAUACAUUGACAGAAAAACUUAUCUGUCCAGUGAUGCAUAUGCUGUCUUGUCAUAUAUGUUUGGGAAGUUGAUGUUUCUAUUCCACAUUUCAAAGAGAACAAAAUGUUUUGAUCAUGACCUGUGUAUGGGAAUUCUUCGCAGUUUCCAGAACAUGAGGCCUGAAUCUGUUCCAGGAACCUCACUUGAUGUCUUUGCAGCGGUUGCAGAAUAUAUCACCCACAUUGCUUUUCCAGAAGAAAAGUGGAAGGUGUUGAAACUCCUAGAAUAUGCCUUCCCAUUCUUGCCAACAAAGUUUUUUUCAAGGAAACUUAGUGAAUGUAUUCAGUACUUGAGAUCUGAAAGUUUGUGCAAAGAUGUGAAAAGUUUGGUACAAAUCAUCAGACAUAUAUCAGAACAUUUUCACAGAGAUGAGGAAGGUUGCCAUGACCUUGUGCUGAAAAUUCUCCGACACAGUACAGUACAACAGGUGAAGAUGGUAAAGGAUGAAUGUACAAAAUUUCUUUCCAAAGAAGAAAUAGAAGACUUGUUUCAAAUGAAGGUGGUGCAAGAGAUGAAACAUGUUGGAAAGGGAAACACUUUGAACAAUUACUGGAUCUUUAUGGAAUUAUAGAGGAAUCCUCACUGACAGAUUCUGUAUGUGACCAGCUAAGAAGCACAUGCUUAGCUAUGAUAACAAAUUCACAAAUGAAAGAUGAGGUGAGUGUAGAUGCAGCAAUGAAGCUGGUCUCCUCCCCACAUUUGUUCAGUCAACCAAAUGAUCGCAGAGAAGUUCUGAAAUACUUGACUGCUUCUAAGAAUGCUCUUCUACAUGGAUUGUACAUAGAUCUGCUCAAAGUACAGUACUUGGACAAAGACAGUACCACAGCUGUCAUAGCAGAGUGUACUCAGUGUUGGUUGGACACAGCAAUAAGUAAUCUUGGUGCGGGAAAAUCCUAUGGGAAGAAAGUAGAUGACCUUGAAAAAGUUUACUCGAAGCUAGAAUUGGCCUUGUCACUACCACAGAUUACUGAAAUUGAAGAUUUAACCCUAUCUCUCAGAGAAAAAGCAUUUGGUUUUCUCCACCAAAUAAGUGUACAUGAUUUGCUUAACAAGUUGAGCAAGACAGACAUGUUGCAAAAUUCAACCGUUUUAUCAGUUUUUCAAGAGCAUCUGCAGCAACACCUUUUCAAAGGAAACACACAUAGGUCUGGAAUUCUAUCUGAUAUCACAAGCUUGUCUACUAAGGAUGGCAAUGUGUACACCUACAGGAGGUUACAUGCAAGAGUGAUCACUUUGGCUGUAAAUUACUCAGGCCUUGAGGAAUGUCCUGAUGAAAAUGAUGCCUUGAUGUUGAUGCUACAGAACUGGCAGUUUUGGAAAUUGGUUUUCAAUAUUAAAGGUGAAUUCCAGACAGGCAUAAUGCAAAAUCAGCUUGCACAGAAAGCCAAGAAAAUAGGAAGAAUGUUCAAGGCCAAGCUGGAAAAUAGAACACUUGCGGUGAAGUUCUUGAGAAAACUUACAGAUGGCAAUGACAAGCACAUUCAUGGGUUUUGUGAAAUUGUAGCUUCAAGUUCAGAUACUGACUAUGAAACAGUAAGAGGUGAACUAACUAAGCACAUCGAAGCAAUUACUGUUGCUGAAGGAGAUCAAACAUUGCUGACCACUGUACUGAAAAAGAUCAGUUCUUUCAAUGGCAUUAAUGUCCCAGAUGUAGAUCUUGCUCAGGAUAUCCUUAAGAGGAAAAUAUCCCAAUUUCAACAAGGUGAUUUACCAGUGAAAUGUAUUUUAGAUCAUACACACUGGGAUCCAUUCAUAAGUUUCCUUACACACUCAGACAAAAUGGCAAUAGUAGUUCAGUCUGCCAUCUAUUGGCAAAUAUGCAUGGAAUUAACAAAAGAAUUGUUAUCAAAGAUGGAUGUUUCACAAACUGACACAACUGCAGAUCCAGUGGAGGAUAUUUGUUUUGUGUUUGGAGACACAAAAGUUUCUGAAAUACCUGAGGUAACACUAAGAAUAUGUGCCAUGCUUGUUGAGGAUGGACUAAGGAACUAUAAGAAGAUCUGGGAUCCCCUAUUCAAGGAAGAGGAUGCACAUUUAGGUCGUCUUCUGAUUAUUGUCGAGACAAAAGAUAUCACAGAAGAAAUCAGGCUUGCUGAAAAAAGUUACAAUUCUAUCUUUCCCAAGUGGAUAGUGCAUGCCUUAGAAAUAGUCCGAGCCUACUUACAGUAUGACCAGAAGUUACAUGUGAUCAGCAAAGUAGUUGCUAUUCUUCAACAUAAUUCUGUAGAAGAUGAGUCAUUUGCUGCGACAGUAUGUGCAUUUUCAACACUCAGAGAUGAGAAUUUUGAUCAUAUUUCCUUGCAUCAGCUACAUCAUAUAAGAGAGCUGUUAGAUGAAAUUGAGGCAUUAGUUAAAGAAGAUCUCCAGCAUGUUCUGAAGGAACUUUCAUCAUCAAAAGGUUUGAUAGACUUCUUAACGGAUAAACCAAUGGAUGAUUUGCAUAAUCUUAUUGAUGCUGUUGAGGAACACUCAGAGCAGUCAAUUCAAGAGUCAACAGUUUCUGCAUUGAUAGCUGUGAAAAGAUUCCUUAGUCCCUUGAUGCAUUCAGGAUCAGACAAGACAGUACUUCAAGUACUGGCAGUACUGAGUAAAUCAGUAAAUGAUUCUCAGGUCGAAAAACUAGCAGAAAAGAUCAACAUUUGUAAGACACAUUUGCAUGGCCUUAAAGCUCUGUUCAAUAAUGUAGCCAACAGGGGAGAAAUGACGAAGGAUGUUGUGAAAAACACAUUGAAGAAAGGUGCAAAAAUUUAUUUCAAGUUAGAUGAAAAUGGAUGCAGUGUAAAGCUGUCAUACAAAAGUCAUGGUGUGCUUACAACCCAUACCAGAGCUGAUUUGAAUGAUCUCAGAAGCAGAGUAUUACUGAUGGUGAAUACUGAAUCAAAGAGAAAAACUCCGCGAUAUCAGAAGGACAAAGUCCAAAUGGAAUAUGAAUCAUUCAUUAUCAAAGUGGAUGAGGCGAUCAAUAUUGCUAACAUACUAGACAGACUGCGUCAUUCAGGUUAUCAAGAUUGCAUGAGUUUGCUGAAAGGGGGACUUGACAUAAGUCAUCUUGAGGCCCACCGUGAUAGUCUUGAAACAACCUUGACCGUCUGGCAGAGUGCUCUAUCUGAUAGCAGACAAACUCAUUACUGGCUGAAUUUUUUCUAUCCUGAACAAUUGAGAACAAUUCAUUUGUGCUUACAAGAAGGGAAAGAUGAAACUAUGACAAGGAAUUUGCUUUUCUAUACUGGUUGCCAAGCAGCAAAUCUAAAUUCUGCUAGAAUGACCUACCAGACAGUAUGUGCUUCAGUGGACGUGAUAGACAUACAAGAUACUUUUGGUUUAAAGACAGUUGGGAAAACCUUAGAUAAAGUACUGUCUGAACUGACUUGUCAGAAAAUACCGUUUCCCAAAGACAUGUUUGGACCAAAGCAACCAGUUCGGAUGGCUGAUGCUGUUCGGCCUGGAAAUAUUUUUGUUGCUAGUUUGGAUGAAAACAGCAGCAUGAUUAUUCCAACAGUGCUUGCAUUAUAUCAGAACACUACAGGACACAUUCCUCUCCCUCAUCAACUUCUCUUUUGUCAGGAAGAUACACAGUGGGGAGAUAUUGAACUUUUGUUAAAUAGAUGCCAUGGAUCCCAAAACCUAACAAACCCACAGCUGUUUGUUAUUGUGUCUGUUGAGAAACUAUCCAAUGAUGUCCAGUUUCUGCUUGUUGAGAGCUUGAAAAGUCUAGCACACAGCAAUGUUUUAAUGGCAGUGAUUUGUGAAGGUUCUCAUCAUCCAUUUCUGGAUAAUUUUGGAGAUAGUGUGAAUCAGGUGCAGCCAUUGUCUGAAUCACCAAUGGAAACAUGUCUGCAAAAUCUAUUUCCAAAUGUAGUUACUGUUACAUCAGACCUUCCUGGUCAAGGAAAAUCAGAAACAAUACAAGAACGAGCUCACACGGAAAAUCUGGACAUUUGUACUUUACACCUCAGUGGGGAUGUUACACCCCCAGAAAUGAUCAGAAAGUUAAGAUGUCUUGAUUUGUCACCAUCUCAUGUUCUCCACCUUGAUAUUGGUUUGAUAACAAGACCUUUUGACUUAGAAAAGCUGCUUUUUCAGCUCAUUGUUCUGAAGACUAUUUCACAUAAAUCUGACUUGUUCACCUUGGUGACAAGUCACAUUUACAUUGAAAUUGCAAAUACAAUUGAUAGUGUUUUGCGAAAUUCACUUCAAACUAUCACAUUCUUUAAACGAGAACAUGUGAGAUGGCAAAACUAUGACAAUUUAUGUGUCAGUCAGGAAAUCUGCAGUCCAGUUCAAGUUGUUUGUAAUUUCCUAAAUGUGUACGAAAAUGGGGAAAUGAAUGUUGUUGAUUUGUACUUCAGUGGUGAAAAACAGUGUAAACCAUUGAAAGAACAACGCUGCCAAGAACUAUUGAGAUGCUAUUUCUCAUUUGACACUGAUCUGUCUUUCACAGUUGUUCAAGUUUUCUUAAAUCUUUUGGCAGAUCAGUUGAAGAAAUUUUCCUGCAGUCAUUUCUUUCGGACACAGACAGUAGCUGGAAUGCUUGGAACUCAUCAGGUAAAUGAUGUGAAAACCCAGGUAUUGAAAGCUUUGCUUGAAAUGUCUAAAGAAUUUGCUACAAGGUCAAUGCAGUCUAGCAAUCAAAAUGUCAGUGACAAACACCAAAUGGCAAAAACAUUGGCAACAGCACAAGCAAUGACACAACGUGUAGACAGUAUGAUUCAGUGGUCUCAAAGCAAUCACUUGAUUGUUGCAUUUCAUAAUCAAGACAUCCAGACUCUGUCAGCUCUCUACAGGUCAAAACAGAUGGUACAAGCUAGUGUCAGAAAGUUAUUUGAAACUCAAAUAGGAAGGGGAAUUGCCAGAGUUUUCUGAUAUGCCUCAAACUGAACUGCAAAAGAUUUUGCAGCAUGUUGCACGGUUCAAACAAGGGUGUAUUCCACAAGAGGAAUUGAACAAAAUAGAUGAAAUGUAUGCUUUGACACCGGAUAAUCUGUUGAAAAUGGUAUUGAUUGUGCUUCGAGUGCGUGCACAUAUUCCUGUGAUACUCAUGGGUGAUACAGGAUGUGGCAAAACAAGUCUAAUUCAUUAUCUGUCCAAAAUUUGUGAUGUGGUUUUCAAAGUACAGAACAUCCAUGCAGGUGUUGAAGAGUCUGAUAUAGUUGAUUUUGUGCUUGAAAGUAAUGCUUUUGCUCUGUCCAACAUGAAUGAAAGUGUGUGGGUGUUUCUAGAUGAAAUUAACACCUGCAAUCACCUUGGAUUGAUUAAUGAUAUCCUGUGUCAUCACUGCUGUCAAGGGAACAUUUUGGCACCCAAUCUUAUAGCAAUGGCAGCCUGCAAUCCUUACAAACUGAGAACUGAAGAGAGUAUUUUCACUGCUGGUUUGGAUAACAAAGUUUUACCUGAUGAGCAGUCAAAGCUUGUGUACAGGGUGAAUCCGCUCCCAGAGAGUAUGAUUGACUACAUUUGGGACUAUGGUAGCCUCAGCAAAACUGAUGAAGAGUCCUACAUUAGACGGAUGAUUAAUAAUGCAGUUUCAAGAUACCCCGUCUCUUGUCUUGUGGAACUUCUGACAAUGUCACAAGAAUUCAUCAGAAAAAAGGAACAGACUGAUUCCUGUGUGAGCCUACGAGAUGUCAACAGAUGUAGAAAUCUGAUAAAGUGGUUUCAAGAAACACUAGAAAUGAAGUCUGGACUUAUGAAUAAACCGUUGCCUCAAAGCAGAAAAUUUGAAAUUAAGGCAGUCAUUUUGGCUUUGGCACAUGUCUAUCACUCAAGAUUGCCUGAUACCUUAAGUAGGAAAGCAUACAGGGAGAACCUGUCAAGAGUGUUUAAGAAACAUGGAGACAGUGAAAGUGAGACAGACAUCUUCAAGAUAAUACAUGAAGAACAAAGAGAUAUUAUAGAGAGAAUGGAUAUGCCUGAUGGCAUUGCAAAAAACACAGCUCUACAAGAAAAUGUGUUUGUUAUCAUGAUAAGCAUUCUUAAUAGAAUUCCAGUUUUCAUUGUUGGAAAACCAGGCUGUAGCAAGUCACUGUCAUUGCAGUUGAUAAAAAGCAAUUUACGAGGCCUUGAUUCAGCUGAUCCAUAUUUCCAGACGUUACCCCAGUUGUACUGUGUUGCUUUUCAAGGAUCAGAGUCAUCCACCUCAGAUGGCAUCAUCAAGGUCUUUGAGAAAGCGGAACGUUAUAGGGAGUCAACUAAAGAGGAAAAUGUUCUUCCUGUAGUUGUUUUAGAUGAAAUUGGUUUGGCAGAAACAUCAAAAUUUAACCCUUUGAAAGUUCUUCACAGUCGGCUAGAACCUGGGCAUGGUGAGGUCCCAAAUGUUGCAGUUGUUGGUAUAUCCAACUGGGCUCUUGAUGCAGCAAAGAUGAACAGAGCUAUCCAUCUAUCUAGGCCAGAUAUGGACGCAGAUGAACUCUAUCACACAGGACUGUCUAUCAGUGAGGCAACAGUUGAAGAUUGUGAUGAAGGAGGGAGUCUGUUACAUCUAAACGAUAACAACAUCAGUAAUCAAACAGAUAAAGUACUCAUAAAAGCAAUAGCUGAUGCAUAUUUCCAAUAUGUCAAUGACCAGCGUUUCAAAAACUUUCAUGGUCUUCGAGAUUUCUACUCUCUAGUAAAGUAUGUGUCUCGAAAAUUCAAAUCAAUGACAGUAGAACAUUUUAAUGAUGACCAAAUGAAAGUUGAUCUGGUUGUGAGAGGUUUACUCCGCAACUUUGGAGGCCUUUCAUCGGAAGUUCAAUCUGUUAUAGCAGUGUUUAAAGAGCACCUAGGUGUGAUACUAAACAAUGGAGCUGUUUCUGGUGAACUUGUGUUACCUUCCACCCUUGAACUGGUCCAUGAGAACAUUGAAGACAGAUCAGCUCGUCACUUACUUUUGGUGACAAGAGGGGAGUCAGCUCUGAGCAUUGUUGAAGAUUUACUCAGGCGAAGUGAACGGCAACAUGUCACAAUUUUAGGAAGCCAUUUUGAUGAAGAUCUGAAUGAUGACUACAGCUAUCGCAUUCUCAGCAAAAUAAUACUGUGCAUGGAACAGGGAGUUGUUUUGAUAUUGAAAGACCUUGAUAGCAUUUAUGGGAGCCUAUAUGAUAUGUUAAACCAAAACUACUCUAAAGUUGGCUUAAAGAAAACAUGCAGAGUAGCACAUGGAGCCUAUGGUAACCCAGUGUGUCAUGUUCAUGAAGAUUUUCGGUGCGUUGUUUUGGUUGAAGAAAACAAACUUGACUUGUCAGAUCCACCGUUUCUGAACAGAUUUGAAAAACAGUGUAUCCGGCUUUCAGAUAUAUUGACAGCUGAUGAGAAAAUUGUUGCUGAAGAAUUGGAGGCAUGGAUGACUUCUGUCACAAAAGUUCCAGGUCAUAAAUUCAGAAGAAGUGACAUGAUACCCUUUGAUAACCCUGACUUGAUUGCGUCUUUGGUCCAUUAUUAUUUUUCACACUGCAAAACAAACAUUGACCAUGAAAGCAUAGUUGAGAACUGUAAGAUGUUUCUGAUCAAAGCUUGCACACCAGAGGGGAUAGUUCGCCUUCAGCUAAGUCAAAAGUACAGUGAGGAACCUUGUGAAGUAUUGAAAUGGCAGGACUAUUACUACAAGUUGCCUAUACAUGGGGGACUUCAGAAAUUUGUUGAUUAUGCUCUAUCAAGUUCUGAAACAAACAUACAGAAAGGCAAGGAAAUGAUUUUCAGUCAUACCAAUGUUCAUACCAAUAUUCUUUCAUGUCUGGACGUGCCUUCUGAAAUGUGUCAAGUAGAGAAAUUGAGCUCUUUCAAGUCUGAGAAACAGUUGACAGCCAAGCUACAUGCAUUUUGGUGUCUCCCUGAAAAGAAAUUUCUUGUAAUACAAUGCUUAACAAGCUGUGAUAGAGACAACAUUCUUUUGAUGAAAUCCCUUAUAGAAAAAGAGCUUGGAGAAUACAAAUGUGAAAAUGAGCCAGGCAAAGAGAAGUAUGUAUUUGUUAUACUUCAUAUGGACAGAAAUGAUUCUGAUGAAUCAUUUAAUCUUCUGAACUACUUGAGUGGAUGGAAUUUGACAGUUGUUGAUACAGUUGAGCCCAAGAAAAUUUCCUUGACUGAUUUUCUGUUGAAACAAAAAUUUGAACUUGUCAAUGAACUGAAGCACAUGGUACCACUAGCUCACUAUCUCUUUUGGUCAUUUACUUUGAUAAAAUACCACAGCCGUGCCAGGAGUUUGACAAGUCUUAGAAGCCUGAUUGAGAACAUUUCUACCAAUUCACAUCUCAUGGAAUUCAUAGAAGGAGAAGUGUUUUCUACUCUUGAAACACAAUUCAACCAAUCUGAAACAGAGAACUGGCAAGUCCUUGUGGCAUGUGAUCAGCUGAAACUUUACACAUGUCUGACAUUGCAUGGUGCACUUGAGAAUGAACUGAUGGAAUGUAUGAAAUAUCCACUGGCAGCAAUGGUCUAUAAACUCGAGGCAGCAAAUGCUUGGGAUUGUGCUGUUGGACAAGUGGAGUUUCAAGAACAAAAGUUUGAAUGCUGGAGGCAGCUUGUUUCAACUUUAUCAGUUUUAGACAUUCGUGAUGUGCCUCACCCACAAGGACCAGAGUCUUACCCUCUUAUGGAAUCAGCUUUAUUGCUUGUAUGUCCUUUCAGCAAAAUGUUUAUUGAAAGGAUUGAAAGCCUUAAAGGAUUGUGCACAGAAACUAUUGCUAUGGAAUACCCAGGCAUGGAAAUUGAUGACAUUGAAGAAAAUCUCUCGAAAGAAAUCAGUAGCAGACUUCAAAAUCAAGUUUAUGACAUAGCUCUUGAAUUAUUUGAAUAUUCAUAUGGAGAACAACAUUUCAGUGAUUACCUCCGUGACUUUGUAACCAUAAUGUAUUCAAAUGUCAACACUGAUAUGGAAGAAAGUCUAAAAGUCAGGGUUGUAGAAUGGUCAUUUUUAUCAAGAUUUCAAGUAGAUGGACUACCAUUUGAAGCAGCAGUGACAAGUUUACAUGUUACACAUUGGCUUCAUUUGAAUAAAAUAGAAGCAGAGUUGAAACUUGUGGGUGCUUGUUUAAGUAUAAGUGAAGUGAGUGUGGAUGAUGUCCUUCAAACUUUGAAGCCAGUGCACAUGUUGUGUCCAAGUUCAGCUGCAGACGAACAUUCUUCAUCAGCGACCCAAGUCUCACUGAAGACUGACACUGAAGGGAAAUCAACUGGUGGCUUUGGGAUCAUAAAAAGUACACAUCAAGAAAAAAAAGAAGAUCAGGAUGUUGGAGCCGUUGGAAAUCUCCUCUCUGAAACUGCAUAUGUCAAACCACAGUCAGAUGUGAUCAGUACUGAACACCACCACAAUGUUGUACAUGAAAUGCCGGAAUCUGAACUGGACAUCAGUACCAACCUGGUUACAUUUGCUUGUCAGAAACUAAUUCCUACAGAAAAUCUGCUUGAGACCUCAGCAUUCCAAUCAUGGGUAGGAGGAGUCAGUCUUGUUUUGUCUUUGGCAAGUGAAGUAUCAUUAGAAUCCAAAGUGUUUCAGUCAUUACGGAUGUGUAAUGAAUUUGCAUUGCUUGUGUCAGUUCCACACAACACAGAUAGAAGGUAUCUUAUUGAAAUAGGGCAUGCACUUGAAUCAAACCAGGUUGAAAGUGAUGUCAUAUUUAAGAAGAUUCUUGAAGUAGUACACAAACUGAGUGAAGAGAAAUUGGUUCCUACAGAAGCAUUACAACAUUUCUUUGCAUGUUACAUAAGCAUAUGUCAUGCCACUGAUCCAGAAACAUCUGUAGUUGGUUUUGGACUUGAGGUACUUAAAGAUUUGACAAUUUUUCAAAGUACCUUAAACUAUUUUGGUCCAACACUUUGUCAAAUUCUGAUGAUAGAAAUGCAAGAAUGUGAUUUGAUCAAUGAUGACCUUCUCCAAUACCCUGUACUAAGAAAUCUGGACAGAUGCAUUCUGGAAUUCCAAGAGAAAGGUGAACCAGACUCACAGUUAGCAUGUCUUUGCAUGGAUGUCAUUGAGACACAUUUUACACAAGAGGGAUUGGAGUUUGAUGAUGACAACCUGGACACCAUGUUAAAGUGUGAUGAAAUGUACAAAUGUGAGAGUUUUUCACUGAAACACCUUACAGCAUUGGCUUAUAUAAAGACCUGUCUGUCAAGGUUAGCAUGUGACAUACAAAAUGAAGAGACUGUUGCAAUCCAUGUCUUACAGAAGAUGAAUGGCAUCCUACAGCUGGAUUCAGAUAUUAGCAAAUCUACCAGGGAUAUCAGAACUAAAGCCUUGCAGAACUAUUUUGUCAAGGUACUUUCCCAACAUGAUGGGUUGAAGACAUUUGAGGAUACUCUAUAUUCUCAGUCAGAACAUCUCCCAUUUACCAAUGAAGUGAAAAUUGCAGAUGGUGAUAGACUUGUAGCACUUGAACUAUGCCCAAUGCAGAUGACUUGGUCGGAUAUAUUUCUUUCUGUUUCUGAUGGUUAUUAUGCAUUACCUAAGGACAAUAGUGAAGUAAAAAGUGCACUUAAUGCUGCCAGAACAAAUCCUCAGUUCACCUACUGCGUGUUUGGUGUUGCCCUCCAACACAUAUACCUGGUAAAGACUAUCAACCCUCUGACAGACACUGAAAGAACAGAAAGAGCAAAGAUGUUCUGUGACUUAUCAAAAGACAUUCAUAAGAACCAACUAAAAAUGCUGGAGGCUUUAUGCACAUGUGAUGAAUUUAAAUUCCCACUGCUGCAAAUGGAUAGCCAUAAAUCAGCCAGAGACCAACAUCUUGUAACCUGGAUUCUUCAUCUAACAUGCACAGUGCUUGCCUUCAAUCCUACUGAAAACCAAAUCAGCAGCACUGCCCCUUUGUGGUUAAGACUUCUUAUGAAACCAGAACAAACAUCAACAUUGUACAUCCCAGGAGGGGGAUAUAAUGAGAGCAGUUUGCAUUUGAGCAAAUUUGCAUGUAGGCGAGACAAACUGAAAGACUGCCAUUCCAUUAGGUGUAAGUGUGGUUUGACCACUGUAUUUCUUGCCAGUGAAGAUGUGACAGUCUGCCAUGGCUGUCAGGAGAAUUUUGAAUCAAAUAAGGAAAGUUUGGAGCUGUCAGGUCUCUUGCCUCUGAUGUCCACAAGAAAGCAGGGAUACAUAUACAUUGACAGUAGUUGUGUGAGAAAUGAGUUUCUCUCUGUAGGUACUUUGUCACCUGCAGCAUUUCGACUUUUACAGAUGGCUAUUCAUGGGUGCCUUGCUGUGUCAUUAGCCCUUGGCUUUACUACCACUUCAGAUCUCUCAAAGAUUAUGAAUAUCCCAGAGGAGGUAGACGUAGUACAUUACAUCAGCCAGCAUUUACAAAGUCAUUGGGAUGCUCUUUCUGUUAUGGCGGAAAUCGGAAAUGCACAACUUGGUAAACUUUUUGAAUUUCACAGUGAAAGAUGGGAUGUCUUUUUGGGUUCACAGUACAUCUCAGUUUUGUGAGCCAGAGGACAGAGUAAGUUUUGAAGAUAACUUCAGUGACUAUUUCAAUGAGAUUAUGGUCAGAAGGUUUGGCAUUAUACAGGAGGAGGUAAGAUCUUUCCAUAAGACCAAGCCACAUAGUUCUGCCUCAUCUUGGGAGAUGAUAUUAGCAGAGGCUUCUGAAGAAGACAAUAUAAGUGAAAGGUUGCCAAGGUUGAUGAGGGAAAAUGUGUCGCCCAGUAUUGAAAAUAUGGAAAGGGAAUAUGUCAUUCAACAAAAAAACUGAACAGUUUCCAAUUAUGGCUUUAGUAUUUGAAAAGAAGAAUGCACUGCCUUUGCUGAAACAUCUCAUUCCACUUAUUCAAUGGCACAUGUGUACCAUACGGCAAUCCAGUAAUAACUCAAGAGUUGUGGAAUGCAGAACUGUUGAAGAUUUUAUCCAUAUGUGUCAGAAAGAAGUAAAAGCUGGUGAGAAAUCAGAUCUGAUGAAAACAUUUGAGACCUUCAAGCAGUCUUGGAAUCAACUGAGAGAAGAAAUUCAUGUGUUGAAACACUACAAUGAAUUCAUAUCAGACAUGCCUAGGGUGCAUAUAAGAGGUCCACUUGAAACAUGCAUAAUGACAAAAUCUACUGCACCUAUCAUACAAGUGUUAAAGGCUUUGCAGUCUAUUCAGAACCAAUUUUUGACAGAUUCUGUUAUUGUGAGUUUGUCACUGAACAACCUGUCAACCAGUUUCCUGACACUAAAUGACAGGUUUGCAAAUCUGCAUGGAACAGCUGUAGAAAAUGUUACACCAAGACAUGUUAUUACCCUGCCAGACUUACUUGACAUGCCAAAGUUUUCUCAAAUAAACACAGAAUUAGGACAUGGAAGAGAAAGACUCUAUGAUAUGUAUCAAAUUGAACUUCAAGUUGUGGCAGAAUCCUUGGUAAAUAUGCCAUUACUAUUAAUAGGACCUAAAUUUCCUAUGAUCCGCUUUUAUGAUGAAAGAUUACACAGGACUGACCAACUUCGGGAAGAUAUCAUCAACAUUGUUGGCCAUGAAGCCAUUGACAAAGAUAUCAUCAAGUCUAUUGUUUCACUAAAAGAGAAGAGUUCAUCAAAUAUGCAGACAUUGAUUGACUACUUAGAAAUGACCUUCACUCUUCUCAAAAGAGCUCCACUGUCUGGUCGCCAGAAACAGCAAACUUUGAAUGACUUUCUCAUGGCUUGGCAAUCUUUCUUUCCCAAAAGAGUUUUGGACAUUGAUGCCUUUUGUAAAAGGAUCCGUUUGACUCAGUUAAUAUCUCUCUAUGAAUAUGUAGAAGACCUGGUGGCUGACAUGAUCAUUGACCGAUUAGAAGACACAUACCGAGUCUCUAUGCCUGAAGAAUGUGAAUCACACAUGAACACUGUUCUUGGGAUGAUAGAUUUGAAGUUGCAAGAAGCCCUUCUGUCAGCUUUGAAGAAGACGGUAUUCAGAUAUAUCCGAUUUCAGUUUGCAAAGGCUGCUGAUCCCUUGUCACCUUUACUUAUGCAAAACAUUAUGUGGCCAGAAGGUGGUUUAGAAGCUGUUACAUCAAGAAUUAAACAGCUUGAUGCUGAACUGAUUCAUCCCUGCCUUUGUGUGGAGCAUAUCUGUGAUGCCAUUGACUUCAUUACGCAGGCUGUUGAGGAAUUAAGGAUGAAGGAUGGCAGGAACAGUUCCCAAUAUGCAGGAGCAGGCCAAAAGAAGUCUGGAACUGUUCAACAACGAAAGAAGAAGCUGGCAAAGAAAUUUAGAAAACGUUGAUUUUCUUCUUGUCAGGACACCAUGGAACAUUUACCAGUUUUGUCAAAGAUAAGGAACAGAUUCACUAUUAUAGGGAAAUUUUGUACAUCCUUCUCACAGUAUAUAUGUGAUGUGUUGAAGGACUAUGUUUAUUCUGGUGAAGAAUUCUCUGUCAGAAUUAUUAAUUUGAUGACACACAAUAACUAUAACUGACAAAUCCCUAACAUUUGUGUAUGAUUAUAACAUUUAGUUGUUUAUAUGUAUACUUGAUAAUCCUUUGUGUUUGGACUUCCUUGUAAAUAUGGAUUGAUAAUACAACAUUUGCUAUAUGUAUAAAUCUGUUCAACUCAAAACUUGAAAAGCAAACACUGUCAAUAACUUGAUAUGAGAUACCUGUAAAUAUGAUAUAUAACAUUUGAUGGUACUGGUAUUUUGUAUUCAUAAUGAUGAAGAAUGAUAUUGUUGAAGUAAUGCUUUGAGAUAUCUGAAUGCAUGUUGUAAAUCUGGACAUUCAAAAACCAGAUAAUAGUCAAGAAUUAUUAGUCAGAAAUACUGUCUUACUUGUCAAAAUACAUGUUGUAAAUAUGGACAUUUUGGUGGUAUAAACCAUCAUGAAUAUAAUGAGGCAACAAAAUUUUAUUGACAAAUCCAAAACAUUUCAUAUAUGAUGAUUUCAUUUAGCUGUUGAUAUGUAGACUUGAUAAUAGUAUGUGUGAAUAUGGACUUAUAAUGCAAUAUCUUCUAUAUGAAUCAUAUGUCGAACUCAAAACUUGAAAAACAAACAAGGGGAUACCUGUAAAUAUCAUAUAUAACAUUUGAUGGUACUGAAGUUUCAUACAGAUAUUGAUGAAGAAUGAUACUGUUGACGUAAUGCUUUGAGAUAUCUGAAUACAUGUUGUAAAUAUGGACAUUCAAAAACCAGAUAAUGGUGAAGAAUUGUUAGUAAGAAAUACUGUCUUGCUUGUCAGAAUACAUGUUGUAAAUAUGGACAUUUUGGUGGUAUAAACCAUCAUGAAUAUGCUGAGACACAAUAACUAUAAUUGACAAAGCCUUAACAUUUGUGUAUGAUUAUAACAUUUAGUUGUUUAUAUGUAUGCUUGAUAAUCCUUUGUGUUUGGACUUCCUUGUACAUAUGGAUUGAUAAUACAACAUUUGCUAUAUGUAUAAAUCUGUUCAACUGAAAACUUGAAAAGCAAACACUGUCAAUAACUUGAUAUGGGAUACCUGUAAAUAUGAUAUAUAGCAUUUGAUGGUACUGGUAUUUUGUACACAU